AUGGCAAAUCCACAGAAUGUGGAGCUGGAAGCUGCAAAGUUCUUGCAUAAACUUAUUCAAGAUUCCAAAGAUGAGCCAACAAAACUAGCAACAAAGCUUUAUGUGAUCUUGCAACAUAUGAGAUCUAGUGGGAAGGAGAAUUCGAUGCCGUACCAAGUCAUAUCUAGGGCCAUGGAAACCGUAAUUAACCAGCAUGGGCUUGAUAUUGAAGCUUUAAUGUCAUCUCGUCACCCUCUGGCUCCUCCUGGAGCACAGUUAGGAGAAUCUGGAUCAUCACAAGUACUAGGUUCGUCGCAGAGGGCUGGGGUUUCUACAGACCCAAAAGCUAGCCUUGCAGGAAAUGAGUUGUCUAAACCUGAUUCAUAUCCCCCUGGAAUUUCGCAUGUUGGUCCUAGUGGUGGUGGGCAUGAUGCAUCAAAUAUGACCGGUGUAGCUGGCAAGGUCCAUGGAAUGACAGCUGGUGCUGCAUCAUCAUAUCCCCCUGGAGAAACAGGGGUGUCACCACCUACGCAGCUUGCUAAUUCUUCAUUUGAAAAUCAUGGUUUUGCUGGAAAGAUGCAAGGAAUGGAAGGUUUUGCUGCUGGUACAUCCUCAACGGACCAUUAUGCAAGUAAAAAUAUAGUUGGCAGGACAUCAGAACAUGAAGGAGGAUCCAGUCUCUUGCUGAAUGCCAAUAAACUGAAUCAGGUUGGCAUGCCAAGUAAUGUUCCAGAAACCAGUAUGCCUAGGAAUGUGGCUCCAAGAGAUACUGGGAAAGCCGCAUGUAGCCAGGCUCCAGUUCCUGGCCUGCUGUUUAAAGAGCAUCAUCUGAAACAGCUUAGAGCCCAGUGCCUUGUGUUUUUAGCUUUUAGGAAUGGUCUGAUGCCUAAAAAACUUCAUCUUGAAAUAGCACUUGGAAACUUCAUCCCUAGAGAAGAAGGAGCGCGUAGGGAGAUGAAUGACCCCAAGGGGAAGGAGCAAUCUGUCCAUGAACAACACAACAUGCCUGAAGUUUGUAAGCCACCUGCAGGCAUGGAUAACGCAAGGGGGGUUGAUAAACUCCCCUCCACGGGAAUUUAUCCAGAAGCUAACCUUUCUCCAGGAGCAGAUCAUACUCCUAACAUGAAGGAGGAUAAAAGCACCCACAAUACUGUGCCUUAUGAUCUUUCUGAUGAGAGGAGACUUAAUUUAGCUUUAAGAAGGAAGGCGGAAACUGAAAUGCAAAAGCAAGAACGAUCAGAAUCACCUGCAUCUUUAAUCAGAGGCAUGCAAUGUGAUACGACUAUUAGAAAUAUUCCAGGUAGCAGUGGUGAGGCUGAUUCAGGGACCAUUCAACAACAGCCUUUUAUGUCACAUCCUGCUUCCUCCGUUUCUGGGUCAAGCAAGCAUAUGAAGCCUGAUGUGAGUAGUUGGCCUGGAAAUGGAUGUCAACUGGAGGCACCCAUUAUAUCUUCUGCCUCUGGGUUGAUGCAGGAAUCACAACGAAAAGAAAUUGGUGCAAGUCAAUCCCAGAGUCCUGCUGAUGGCAAUAAUUUCAGAUAUCGCCCUGCAGAUGGUAACUUUCCUAGUUUGCCUUCAAGAGAACAGUGGAAGCCUAUUCCAGGAGUCGAUGGCCAUAAUGUUGCACCAAAGCUCAUGAAGGAUUCUGAAUCAAAAGCACGAAAUAUGCUUUCAGGACAAGAAACUGAUACGGAGUACGAAGAUCUGUCUGCAGUAACUCAUCCUUUGCCGAAGUACACAACCUUAGAAAAAUGGGUUUUGGAACGGCAGAAAAGGAAACUGUUAACGGAGAAAACAUGGGCAAUGAAACAUCAAAAAACGGAACAAAGAAAAAUUGCCGUCUGUUCUGCAAAGCUAAAGGAAAAUGUAUCUUCUUCUGAAGAUAUUAAUGCAAAAACUAAGAGUGUGAUUGAAUUGAAGAAGCUCAAAUUGUUGGAUCUGCAACGGCAUCUUCGGAGUGAUAUAUUGAGUGAUUUUUUCAAACCAAUAGCAUCUGAAAUGGAUCGUCUUAAAUCAAUUAAGAAGCAUAGAAUCGGAAGGAAGUCAAAACAACUGGAGAGGUAUGAACAGAAAAUGAAGGAGGAGCGACAAAAGAGAAUACGUGAAAGGCAGAAGGAGUUUUUCAGUGAGGUGGAAGUUCAUAGGGAAAGGUUGGAGGAUGUAUUUAAAAUAAAGAGAGAACGCUGGAAAGGUUUCAAUAGAUAUGUAAGGGAAUUUCAUAAGAGGAAGGAACGUAUACACCGUGAGAAGAUUGACCGAAUUCAACGUGAGAAGAUUAAUUUGUUAAAGAUCAAUGAUGUAGAGGGGUACCUUCGGAUGGUUCAGGAUGCUAAAUCUGACCGUGUGAAACAACUGCUUAAAGAGACUGAAAAAUAUCUUCAAAAGCUUGGUUCAAAACUGCAGGAUGCUAAAAACAUGGCAAGAAGAUUUGAGACUGAUGUGGAUGAUAGUAAAUCAAAUAACAUGUUAGAGAAAAAUGAGAUUUCUUUUGAGAAUGAAGAUGAAACAGACCAAGCUAAGCACUACUUGGAAAGCAAUGAAAAAUACUAUAUGAUGGCUCACAGUGUGAAAGAGAAUGUCUUUGAGCAGCCAACGAUGCUUUUGGGUGGGAAACUGCGGGAAUACCAAAUGAAUGGACUUCGAUGGCUGGUGUCACUCUAUAAUAACCAUUUAAAUGGUAUCCUUGCCGAUGAAAUGGGCCUUGGUAAAACUGUUCAGGUCAUUUCUCUUUUAUGUUACCUUAUGGAGACGAAGAAUGACAGGGGCCCUUUUCUUGUUGUUGUACCUUCCUCGGUGCUACCUGGAUGGGAGUCUGAAAUCAAUUUUUGGGCUCCCAGCAUUCAGAAGAUUGUCUAUUCUGGGCCACCGGAGGAGAGGCGUAGGCUAUUUAAGGAACAGAUUAUACAGCAGAAAUUCAAUGUUCUAUUGACAACAUAUGAAUAUUUGAUGAACAAGCAUGACAGACCGAAACUAAGUAAAGUACACUGGCACUAUAUCAUCAUUGAUGAAGGGCAUCGGAUAAAGAAUGCCUCUUGCAAGUUAAACGCAGACUUGAAGCAUUACCGAAGUAAUCAUAGAUUGCUGCUGACUGGAACCCCGCUACAGAACAAUCUGGAGGAGCUAUGGGCGCUGCUCAAUUUCUUGUUGCCAAACAUCUUCAAUUCUUCGGAGGAUUUUUCUCAGUGGUUUAAUAAACCUUUCGAGAGUAAUGGUGACAAUUCACCUGACGAAGCUCUGCUAUCUGAGGAAGAGAAUCUUCUGAUCAUCAAUCGUCUUCAUCAAGUUCUUCGUCCAUUUGUCCUGCGGCGGUUAAAACACAAGGUUGAGAAUGAACUGCCUGAGAAGAUUGAGCGAUUGAUACGAUGUGAAGCUUCUGCAUAUCAGAAGCUUUUGAUGAAGAGGGUGGAAGAGAAUCUAGGAGCUAUUGGUACUUCAAAGGCUCGAUCAGUGCACAAUUCAGUUAUGGAACUACGGAAUAUAUGUAAUCAUCCGUAUCUCAGCCAACUUCAUGUGGAAGAGGUUCAUGAUUUCAUACCUCAGCAUUAUCUGCCGAAUAUUGUGAGACUUUGUGGGAAGCUUGAAAUGCUAGAUCGUUUGUUGCCGAAAUUGAAAGCUACUGAUCACCGGGUUCUUCUCUUUUCAACUAUGACUAGGUUACUUGAUGUCAUGGAGGAUUAUCUCUGCUGGAAGCAGUACAAGUACUUGCGCUUAGAUGGUCAUACAUCUGGAGGCGAUCGAGGAGCACUAAUUGACCAGUUUAACCGGCCUGGUUCUCCAUUUUUUAUUUUUUUGCUCAGUAUUCGAGCUGGAGGUGUGGGGGUAAAUCUUCAAGCGGCUGACACUGUUGAUCUGCAAGCACAGGCAAGGGCUCAUAGGAUUGGACAAAAGAAGGAUGUUCUUGUUCUUCGCCUUGAAACGGUUAAAACUGUGGAAGAACAAGUUAGAGCUUCAGCAGAGCAUAAACUUGGAGUUGCAAACCAAAGCAUUACUGCCGGUUUUUUUGAUAACAAUACCAGUGCUGAAGAUAGAAGAGAAUACUUGGAGUCCCUAUUAAGAGAGUGCAAGAAGGAGGAAGCUGCACCAGUUUUGGAUGACGAUGCCUUAAAUGAUGUCAUAGCUCGCAGUGAAUCAGAAAUCGAUGUGUUUGAAUCGAUUGAUAAGAAAAGGAGGGAAGAAGAAAUGGGAGUGUGGAUGCAACUGGUUAAAGGAAGCGGGUCUGGAGAUUCAGAAUGCUUGCCCCCCUUGCCUUCUCGGCUUCUGAUGGAUGAUGACUUGAAAGCGUUCUAUGAAGCUAUGAAGAUAUCUGAAUUACCACAAAAGGCCGUCGAAUCUAAUGUUGGAAUGAAGCGUAAGGGUGAUUCUCUUGGAGGGCUUGAUACUCGACACUAUGGAAGAGGAAAACGAGCAAGGGAGGUACGCUCUUAUGAAGAGCAAUUGACUGAAGAAGAAUUUGAAAAACUUUGCCAAGUUGAGUCACCUGACUCCCCUCCAGCCAAGGACAUCACUGAAAAGAGAUUGUCAAUCGUUAUGAGUGACACAGCACCAGUGACUAGCGAAACACAACAAGCACAGUUACCCUUGUUGCCUUCUAAUCCUACUGUUGAGCCUGCAUCGGUACAAAGCAAAGAGGUCACUCCACCAUCAAAGCGUGGGCGUGGUAGGCCAAGAAGAACACCAGCAACAACUGACUUUUCCCCGUCACCCGGAGUUCAGCAAUUAUCUUCUGGAGCUGAACAAAUUAGUGCUCUGACUGUGGUUGGGAAUGUUCCCCACUCUCAUGUCCCUGAUUUAUUGCCUGGCUCUAUCCCUGACAACACCAUUAGUGCACCUAUCCAGCAAAUAAGUGUAGGACCCUCGGUUGGCAUCCAAUCAGCUUCUCUCCCUCCUGUUCCUGCUGCUUUUCAACCUACAAAUCUUCCUGAGCCAUCCAUGCCUGUGCGAGGUAGGGGACGAGGGCGUAAAGCUCAAUCUGGAGCAGAACCACCUAGACGUAGAGGCAAGAGGCAAACUGCAGUUACAACUUCUCCAACACCAACUAGAACUGGCAACAUUGAUUUUGAUGCCACCCAGGGAGUUGUGGCAUUGAAUUCUUCAGUAGUUAAUCUUGAUUCUGUUUCUCAACAUUCUGGUGCUCGCGGAACAAUCAAGAAAGAAGAUACAAUUUCACAGAGUACGGUUCUUUCACCUUCCACCUCUGGCAAAUCAGAUUUUGAAUCCCCACAAGUACAGGUUCUGAACCAAGUAGCAGGUUCUGCUCCGGGUACCUUUUCUGGUUCUUUAUUAUCUCCAGAAGGGCUAGUUCCCAAUCAGUCAAAUAAGCCUGCAUCUGAUGAUUCCUUGGCGGGCAAAGAUAUUGAAUUAUUGCCAGCUCCUGCUUCUGGUUCUUCGGUUAUGGCUAAUGUUACUCAGGACCCCAUUGCAUUGGGUAGUUCUUGUUCUAAUCCUGUUGCAAUCCCUGCAAUUGCCAGUGUCUCACAAGUAACAACUCUUUCUGGCGCUGCACCUAAAGGCAGAGGACGUGGUCGUAAGGCCCAAAGUGGAGUAGAGAUGCCUAGACGCAGAGGAAAGAGACAGAAUCCUGAGGCUUCUGCUUCUUUUGAAGUGUCAAAUCAGGAUUCGAAAUCGGCUGAAGUGCCAGAGAAAAAACCCAGGGUCAAUGCAGGCAGGAGACCAACCAGAAGAAGUAAGCUGGAGGAUGAAGUUAUGAAUCAGUCAAACGUACCCCAGUCCAUUGAUUCUGAGACCAUUACUAGUUCUGCAUUUUCACAAGUGCCUGAUAGUAAGUCACAAGAUAAAGCUGUACAAGCGAUGAACAUAGCCCUCUUAGAUGGAUCUCAAAACCUCGCAGACUCUGUUGGUCGGUCAUCAUAUGAUGAUAAAAAGGAGAAUAAAGAUCAGGAAUCAACGGAGAGUGCUCAGACGGGGGCAUCUAAAGGCAUUGAAGCUGCUAUGGUAAAAUCCAACAAAGUCCAAGAAGAGGAUGAAGCUCCAAAGAAUUCGAAGGUCCAUCUGUCAAAUCCAUCUCAAGAUAUUGACCGUCUUCCUGCUGAUCAAAUCAGUAAGUCUGCAGAUGAAGAACCGAAACAGAUGAGAAACGUUGAUUCUGAUUUCUUGAAAGUAAAUGCGAAUUCUAUCCCUCUUGAUGAAAGUAAGCCUGAGAGAGGUAGUGGAACUCAAAAUCCUGGAGAAUUGGAUGAACCGGUAGUGAAAAAAGAUCCUUUGUCUACAAAAAAUGGUGAUGAACUGGAAGAAGCAGCUAGGAAAUUGGUGAACCUUGACCAAUCUGAUCCAUCUCCUAGCAUUCAAACACCAGCGAGGGGAGUGGAACAGGAGGAUCUUGUCUCUAAACCAACUAAGUGUCUUGGGUCUGAUGUUUCUCAAAGCAUUUCAGAACUCUCCCGGGAACAGAUGGAGGACAAUAAUGCUGUGUGCCAAAUGAAUGGUAAAACGAUCAAUGCACUUCCUUCUCUUCCUGUUUCUUCUGUUGUAAUUUUGAACAAGGAUUUACUGCUGCAUAAUAUGGAUGCAGAUACACCUCAUAACAAAUCAGAUCCUCCUCUCUGCGAUGUCAAUCAAGAAAGUGAAGCUCGUGAGGUGACUGAUGUUCGUGUAGAUAUUAGCUUUGAAAUCUCUGAUUCAGUUCCAACAGUCAAGCAUCAAGAUAUUCAGGAAUGUGAUGGUGUAGCUAAUGAGGAGGCUGAUGUUCGUCUAGAUAGCAGCGGUGAAAUCUCUGAAUCAGUUCCAGAAGAGAAGCCCACAGCUAAUCAGGAUUGUGAGGAUGUUAAUCAGGGAAGUGAAACUCGUGAGGAGUGUGAUGUUCGUCUAGAUUUGAGCAUUGAGACCUCUGUAUCAGCUCCAGAAGUGAAAUAUUGUGCUAAUCAGGAAAGUGAAGCUCAUGAUGAGACUGACCUUUGUCUUGAUAUGAGUGCUAAAAUGUCUGAAUCAGUUCAAGAAGUCAAGUGUGCUGUUGAUGAGGAAAGUGAUUGUCAACAUGUCAAUCAGGCAACUGAAACUCAUGAGUCUGAUUCGCAUCUAAAUUUGAGCAUUGAAGUCUCUGAAUCAGCUCCAGAAGUUAAGUGUACAGCCAAUCAGGAAAGUGAUGAUAUGAGCGCUGAAAUAUCUGAAUCAGUUCCAGAAGUGCAGCAUGCGGCUAAGCAAGAAAGUGAUUGUCAGGAUGUUAAUCAGGGAAGUAAAACUCAUGAGGAGUCUGAUAUGCAUCAAGAUACGAGUGUCGGCAUCUCUGAAUCAGCUCCGGAAGUGAUGUGUCCCGCUAAUCAGGAGACUGAUGGUCAAGAUGUUAAUCAGGAGACUGAUGGUCAAGAUGUUAAUCAGGAGACUGAUGAAGAGUCUGAUACACCUCUAGAUAUCAAUGCUGAAAUUUCUGAAUCAGGGCCAGAAGUUGGUCAAGAUGUUAAUCAGGAAAGCGAAGCUCAGAAGGAGAUUGAUGUUCAACUAGAUGUGAGUAAUGAACUCUCUGAAUCAGCUCCGAAAGAUAGGAAUGCAGAUAAUCAUGAAGAUGAUCAAGUACUGUGCAAUGUUUGUGUGUCAGGUACGCUCUUAAAUAAUGUAGAUUCUUCUGUUGGUGAACGUAGAAAUGUUGAGCAGAAAGAUGGGGCUGAGGAAGGGCAUGCUCAAGCUGAUAAGGCUAUGGUUUCUGCUGCAGAUAUAGUUGCCGAGCAUAUAGAUGAUAAGAAUGAAACUGAAUCCAGGCAUGAGGUAGGAGAUGGCAUAGGAGAGGCUGUAAAAUCAUUUGAAGAUUUGUCAAAUGAAGAACCUCCGAACAAGGAAUCACUUGCAGCGGUUCUUUCUGCGCUGCCAACGGAAGAUAAUAUACUUGGAAUUUCUGCUGAAACAGAUAUCACAGAGUUUGAAAGUAAGGAAACAACUUCAGGUUAUUCCCUUGCCUCUCAGGCUCAGCUGCGUCCAGAUAGUCUCUCAGAAGAGAGUUCGCAUCCUGCUUUGGCUAUUGUACAAUCUGCUACAGAAGUGUCGUCUGGUGUAGGUGAGCUAGCAACUGAUAAACUAGAACAAGAUGAUGUGGAAGGGAAGGAUGGUGCCCUUGUUUCAGACCCAAAAUUGAUUAACAAAGAAUACAGGGAUGACUUAGUUUUACCUACUUCCAGUUUGCCUGGCAUUUCAUCAUUAGCGACGCAAAGCCAUGACGGUGAAGCUUUUGCUCCUGUAUCGUCAUUUGUCAAAGUGGUUUCAACAGGUAAGGCUGGGCUGUCAGAAAAUUUAACUGAAGAGGAUGGUAUUAAAAAAGUUGAAUAUGGGUCCCAAACAUCGGAAUUGGUAAAUGAGGUUGUAGCUGCUCCUGAUUCUGAGUUAUUAGAUGAGGGAUAUGAUGGUUGUGGUGUUAAAACAGCAUCAGAAGAGCGUGAGAAUGACAUCACAAUGCAGGAUUCUACAUCAGUUUUCUGCAUUGACAAAAAUGUGGCUUCUACCUCUGAUCAUGCUUGUAAGUUAGAGGAUCUGCAUGAAAAGGGGAAUUCAGAUGAUUCUGGAAACAAAGCGAGUGGUUGCCCUGAGGUCCCAUUGUUAAACCAAUCUGCUGCAACUGAGAGCUCACGAGAAAUGCUACAUCCGACUUCGGGAACUGUACAGCCAGCGGUAAAACAGUCAGAAACUGUGAGCCAGACAGAAUGCAAAGAAUCAGAAGACCAUGAUGAUCGUCAUGGGGAUAUUGACACAUCUGUGGAGUCUCUUAUGCAAAAGGUGGGAGAUUCUGAGGCUAGUGUGACUGUGAGAGAGACAGAAUGCAAAGAAUCGGAAAACCAUGCUGAUCAUCAUGGAAAUAUCGACGCGAUGCAAAAGGUGGGAGAUACUGAGGAUACUUGUUGCCCCGAGAUCCCAUUGUUGAUCCAAUCUGCUGCAACUGAGAGCGCAUCUGAAAUGCCAACUCCAACUUCGGGUACUGUGCAACUAGUAUUACAACAGUCAGAAACUGUGAGCAAGACAGAAUGCAAAAUAUCGGAAGAUGAUGCUGAUCAUCAUGGGAAUAUUGAUGCAUCUAAGGUGGGAGAUACUGAGGCUAGUUCAGGGAAAGCAAACUCUGAAGAAUUCAAGUACAAGAAUGACCUUGUCUCAGCACAUGCCUUGGUUGAGAAACAAAGUUUAGGCAAAAUGACAUCCUCACCCUCUUCAACCCAUAAAGCAGAAUCUUCUUUACCUGUUUCUCCAGGUGUAGAAUUUCAGAUUGGAGAAGAUGAAUCAACCUCCAAGGUAGUCGAGGAGAAAACAUCCUCACCUUUGCAUAUCUCAGACAUCAAUCUACCUCAUGUUGGACCUCAGGAAGAAUCUAAUAUCACAAUGACUGAAGCCACAAUUGAGAACGUCGAACUAAAAGAGACUACAAUUUUAAAUGCUGAAACCAAUGAGUUGAUGCCUGAUGCCAGUAAUCUGGAAGCUGAAAAUGAGGUGGAUGUUGAACAAAGCACCGUUUUGAAUGCUGAAGCUUCUGUUGAGCAGUUCAAAAUUUUAGAAGAAACAACUAUAUCACAUGCUGAAGCUGCUGUUGAGCUGUUCAAAACUUUAGAAGAAACAACUACAUCAAAUGCAGAAACCAGGGCUAUUGCCAAAGUUGAAAGAUCUGAAAAUGAGGCAGAGAUGCAACUCCUGGAAGAAAACACUCCAAUGAAUAGGACAAGGGAGGUUUUUGUAUCCUCCGUGGAGAUUAUGAGCUCUGCUGAUGCACUGCCUCAUAUGGAUGAAUCAGUCAAUGAUCCUAUGGGAGACAAUAUGGAAAAACAUGAAAGUAAUGAUGAAAUUCUUCAAGUAGAAUCUAUUGGAAAAGUUGAUGUAACUUCUGAUCUUGUGCUUAAGUCAGUGGAAAGUAUGAACAUUACAAAUGCUGGAGUUGUGGCAGACAGUAGUGCGCAUAGUGCAGUUGAGAUGAUUCCAAAUGCUGAAGUUGCAGAAGACAAAAGUGAUCAUUCUACGGUUGAAAUUGCCGAAAGCCUCAAUUGCGCUGAUAAUCUGAUGAAUACCAUUAAUGAUCACGGGGACUCAUCUUCGUCUUUGCUAAUGGCCAGCCCGAAUGUUACUCCUGCCGAAGUUUUGGUGGAGAAGUUUGAGAUUGCCCCUGAAGAUUCUGUUGAAGCACAAGGGAACAAGGACAACGAAUCCGAAAAAACUGCUGUCUCUGAUCCUGAGAUCCAUGAAGCUCAAGGGACUGCCCAAACAGGCAUUUCUCAGUCUAGAAAUGGUCUACAACAGCUUUUUGAUCAGUAUUCUGAUGCAACUGCGGAUGUGGAGGACUCCAUAGCUGAUUCUUUGAGUGUUGAUAUGAGGAACAAUUCCCAAUCAUCUGGCGAUGCUUUAUUGUCUCCACCAGAGAAUGAAAAGGAAAAUUUGCAAGGGCACUAGUUGAUGGUACGUAUUGUUUGUUACUGACUUGACUGAUUAGGUGGUUGCCAUUUGACCUUAAUCUAGGCAUUGGAAGUAGUAUAUUUCGUGUAAGUAUUUUUAUUUAUCUUGAACGACUGCGCUGCACUUCUAUAUGCAUUGUUAAGCAAUUUAGUAUCUGCUGGACCUCACUGCAUGACAUUUGAGCCGCUCAAUCUAGAUAGUCGCAACAGUUUAUUUUCACAGUAGAUGCAUUAUACUUGAAUGUGAUAAAUGCAGCUUCCAUUGAUUAACACCCUAUUGUUUUGUUGAAAAUGGAUUUUCUUCAUGUCCAUUUCUCUUUGCCUAUUGGAAAUUGUCCCAUAUUUUCUGUUUUAUGAAAAUUAAGUUCAAUUCAGGCUUAUCAAUCAUUUAAGCCUCGUCCUUCAUUAUGUCUCACCCUGGUGCAAACUUAGUGUCUUCUUUCAAAGUGAUAUCAUGUCAGCUAAAAUUUGUAACUUUCUUCAUCUAAGAGCAGGUUGAUAUUUAGAGAGACUCGGUUGGAUUUGCAGAAAUGAUAACUCGCCAAGGUGGAGCUGGAUCUGUAU